AUGGAAGGUGCCAAAAAUAUAGAAUUGGCAGAUCCCAAUUUCAAUGUUCCAAGCAAAAUUGAUAUAUUGCUUGGGGCCGAGUGUGGUAGGAAUGUGUCACAUACGUCCAGUGAAAACUACUUUCAAACUACAUGCUACUUCGAAGAAACAGAUGAUCUCAAAUCAUUAGUAGAAAGAUUUUGGCAAAUCGAUGAUUUAGGCAAAUAUGAGAAUGCCCUAUCAUCAACAGAAAAAGAAUGUCUGAACUGGUUCAACCAGACAACCACACAAGAUACGUCUGGUCGUUUCAUGGUAUCAUUACCUCGUAAACUUAAUGCAUCAGAACUAGGGGAAUCUAAGCAAAUGGCGCUACACAGAUUCUUUGGGUUAGAAAAACGUCUUUCUAAAAAUGCCUCUCUAAAGAAUUCUUAUUCUGAAUUCAUGAACGAAUACUUAGCCCUUGGACACAUGGAAACUGUGAAAUACCAUGAGUCAGAGAUAAAACAGCAUGUCUACUACCUACCACACCAUGCUGUCAUAAGAGAAAAUAGUUCAACCACAAAAUUACGCGUCGUGUCCGACACAUCAGCUAGAACAACAUCAGGAAAAUCACUAAAUGACAUUUAA